AUGUGCCAGCGAAUCGCAGAAGGGACGCGGUGGUCCAAGUGUGGGCACUUCCAGCGCCACCUCGUCGUCGCCAUCGUCGACUGCAACUCGUCCAAGUGCACGCGCAGCUACCUCCACUCAAAAUCCUGCCGAGACCCGUACUGCGUCCAGAACUUCGGGCCCGACAUCCAGAAGGACAUCGACACCGUCAAGGACGACUGCUUCCAGUGUCGCGCGGCGGCGGCGCGGCGGGUGCCCGCGUGA